GAGAGGAGAGGGAGAGAGAGAGCAGAGAGAGAGAGCUUCAUCGCAGAAACCCCCUAAAGUGCUUUAUCCGAGGAGGACAACUACUACCUUCUUCCCUUUGUUUUGGCCAACCUCUCCACCUACUCCCUUUUCUCUCAAUCCAUCUCUUCCCCCAAUUCAGUCUUUUUUCUCACUUUCAUUAUUCAGUCCCUCCCUUCUCUCCAAGGCUCUCUGUUUCCGUUUCUCCUCCCCCGUCUUCUAUCUUUCCGUCUCCUGCCGUCCGGUCUGUCGCGUGUCCCAUAUAGACCUUGCUCUUUAUGGCUGAGUGAAGUGACCAGCCAGGGACUCUGGUGGAGUGAGUGACCGGCCAGGGACUGUGGAGGACUUUACGUGGGAGUAAAGAUGGCGGUGAACUUUUCGGAGGUUUGGGGUCGGGUAAAGAAUGUGUGUGCGCAGAACGGGCUCCUCAUCCUGUCUGUGUUGGCCGUUGUCAUUGGCUGCAUGAUGGGGUUCCACCUGCGGGGAAAGCAGCUCUCAGACCAGGAGGUGAAAUAUUUCCAGUUUCCUGGAGAGCUCCUGAUGAGGAUGUUAAAGAUGCUCAUUCUUCCCCUCGUCGUCUCCAGUUUGAUGUCGGGGCUGGCAGCCCUGGACGCCAAGUGUUCCAGCCGCCUGGGCAUCAUGACCGUCUCCUACUACCUGUGGACCACCUUCGUGGCGGUGGUGGUGGGCAUCCUCAUGGUUACCAUCAUCCACCCAGGUGGCGCCGCCCAGAAGGAGGACAACGAGGACAGCGGCAAGCCAAUCAUGAGCUCCGCUGAUGCCCUGCUUGAUCUGAUUCGCAACAUGUUUCCAGCCAACUUGGUCCAGGCAACUUUCCAACAGUACCGCACCAGGAGUAUCCCCAUCAUGAAGACCCCUCCGCCCACGGUGACAGCUCCCCUGAUGGAGAGCACCACCCGGAGGGUCUAUAUCUACGGUGUCCAGGACGACAACGGAACAGACGUCCAGAACUUCUCCCUGGACCUGACGCCCCCGCCAGACGUCCAGAUGCGCACGCUGCCCGGGACCAGCGACGGCAUGAACGUCCUGGGGAUCGUCAUCUUCUCCGCCACAAUGGGUAUCAUGCUGGGUAGAAUGGGGCCUAAUGGCAGCGCCCUGGUCAACUUCUGUCAGAGUUUAAACGAGGCUGUGCUGAAGAUUGUCGCCAUAGUGAUCUGGUACUUCCCGUUCGGCAUCGUGUUCCUGGUGGCCGGUAAGAUCCUAGAGAUGGAUGACCCGUCAGCCAUGGGGAAGAAGCUGGGUUUCUAUGCCAUCACCGUGGUGAUGGGCCUGAUCCUCCAUGGUCUCUUCAUCCUCCCGGCCAUGUACUUCUUCAUCACCAAGAAGAGCCCCAUCGUCUACAUCAGGGGCAUCCUGCAGGCCCUGCUCAUCUCCUUGGCAACCUCCUCCAGCUCGGCCACGCUGCCCAUCACUUUCAAGUGCCUCCUGGAGAACAACCACAUCGACCGACGCAUCAUCCGUUUCGUGCUCCCUGUGGGCGCCACCAUCAACAUGGACGGGACAGCGCUCUACGAGGCCGUGGCAGCCAUCUUCAUCGCCCAGGUCAACAACUACGAGCUAGACUUCGGCCAGAUCAUAACCAUCAGUAUCACAGCUACGGCUGCCAGUAUUGGUGCAGCUGGAAUCCCGCAGGCCGGAUUGGUCACCAUGGUGAUCGUGUUAACCUCGGUGGGCCUGCCCACUGAUGACAUCACUCUCAUCAUUGCUGUAGAUUGGGCAUUGGACCGUUUCAGGACCAUGGUCAACGUGAUGGGAGAUGCCCUGGCCACGGGGAUCAUGGCUCACAUCUGUAGAAAAGACUUCGUCAAGGAAGGAGAGCAGGUGCCUCUGAUCUGUGAGACCAAGCCCAUGAUCAGCAUCCAGCAGAUGAUGACGUACCAGAAGAACGGUGGGUACCAGCACCCUCCCUGCGGACCAGAGGGCCCGGACGUGGCACGUCUGAUGCAGCUAGAGGAGGGGUUACGGCCGGAGCAGAGGAAAAGGAACCCCCACGCUCCCCAACACAAGAGGGAGCACAAGGACAAGGACCACUGCUCCAUCGACAUGAAUGGCCUGGAGACUAACGUAUAGAGGGAGCCAGUCAUCAGCACCACAGCAACCGGCUGCGUCCCGAUUCUCCACAUUUCUCUAGAAGUGUGCACAUGCAUACUCUCCGUCACGGAUCUAACAGUGGUGGAUCUAACAACUCCCUCCAGCCAAUGGUUACACCAGUUCAAUGUUUUUAACACCAUGACAAGGAGUGGGAAAGUGCAUACUUUGGAAAAAGGUGGACAAUCAGAAUGCAGCCAAGAUUAUAGCUACAGGCGAGAGGAGGGGACUGACUGACCAACUGCAACAGAUGCAGGAUGAGGAUACAAAAAGAAAAUAUGAUUUUCUACAUGAUUUAUAUUACGACCCAGUAUGAUUGUGCAUGUGUGUGUAUGUACUUAUCAGAGUUGUUACACGCCAGCAGAAUGAUUUUAGAGAAACAUUCUAUAUGAUGAGGAGGCAUUCUAUAUGAUGAGGAGACAUUCUAUAUGAUGAGGACACAUUCUAUAUGAUGAGGAGGCAUUCUAUAUGAUGAGGAGACAUUCUAUAUGAUGAGGAGACAUUCUGUAUGAGGAGGAGACAUUCUAUAUGAUGAGGAUACAUUCUAUAUGAUGAGGAGACAUUCUAUAUGAUGAGGAGACAUUCUAUAUGAGGAGCAGGCAUUCUAUAUGAUGAGGAGGCAUUCUAUAUGAUGAGGAGACAUUCUAUAUGAGGAGCAGGCAUUCUAUAUGAUGAGGAGACAUUCUAUAUGAGGAGCAGGCAUUCUAUAUGAUGAGAAGACAUUCUAUAUGAUGAGGAGACAUUCUAUAUGAUGAGGAGACAUUCUAUAUGAUGAGGAGACAUUCUAUAUGAGGAGCAGGCAUUCUAUAUGAUGAGGAGACAUUCUAUAUGAGGAGCAGGCAUUCUAUAUGAUGAGAAGACAUUCUAUAUGAUGAGGAGACAUUCUAUAUGAUGAGAAGGCAUUAUAUAUGAUGAGGAGGCAUUCUAUAUGAGGAGCAGGCAUUCUAUAUGAGGAGCAGUCAUUCUAUAUAAAUAGGAUACAUUCUAUAUGAC